AGUGUGAGUCGCCAGUUUACUCUGACUUAACCUCAAGAAGCAACACAACUACCGAGCUUUCAGGACUUCAAGCUUACCUUUUUUUCCCCCUCCCACACACAAAGCGCUCAAGGGAUCUCCUAACCUUUUAUCGGGCAUAUUCGGAACUUCCCUCGGUGCUUGUGGAGCGAUGAUGUUCAACGUGUUCAACCCGGAAUGCGACUCCUCCUCCCGGUGUAGCACAGCGUCUCCGGCCGCUGACAGCUCCAGCAAUUUGGGCUACUACCAAGCGUCUCCAGCCGGUUCUUAUUCCAGUUUGGGCUCACCACAAUCUCAGGAUUUCACCGAUUUGACCGUUUCAAGUGCCUCUUUCGUCCCCACGGUGACGGCCAUCUCAACCAGCCCCGACCUGCAGUGGAUGGUCCAACCGCUGGUCUCCUCGGUGGCCCCCUCGCACCGGGCGCACCCCUACGUCUCCAGGCCCAGCCCGGCGUACCCCAGGGCGACCCCGAAAGUCUCGGCGUCCCGCCCUCACAGCAACAGGAGAGGCAGAACCGAACAGAUUUCACCCGAAGAGGAAGCAAAGAGGAAAAUUCGCAGGGAGAGGAACAAGCAAGCGGCCGCUAAAUGUCGCAACAGGAGGCGCGAGCUGACCGACACGCUCCAAGCUGAAACCGAUCAGCUGGAGGACGAAAAAUCCAAACUUCAGAACGAUAUCGCCAACCUUCUCAAGGAGAAGGAACGCCUGGAGUUCAUCCUGGCGGCCCACCGACCCGCCUGCAAAGUCCCCUGCGAGCAGGACGCGGAAUUCCCGCCGCUGUCCGUCUCCCCGUCCCGUCCCGUAGUCUCCUCCGACUCCAUCUUCUCCACCGGCACCGUCAAACUGAGCGACCUGGACUCGUCGGUUCUAGACGAGUCUUUGGACCUCUUGGCCAAAACGGAGAUGGAGCGCUCGGUGCCAGAAGCGGACUUAUCAGCCUCGCUUUGCAGCGCUCAGGACUGGGAGCAGCUGCACCCGUCUGUGACCAGCGGCGACUUCGAACCGCCGCUGUGCACCCCGGUGGUGACCUGCACGCCCGCCGCAACCUUCACGUCCUCGUUCGUCUUCACCUUCCCCGAAGCCGAAACUUUCCCCGGAUGUGCCGCCGCGCACCGGCGGGGAAGCAGCGGAAACGAGCAGUCAUCCGAUUCGCUCAAUUCGCCAACGCUGCUGGCCCUUUAAGACUCUUUUUACAGACCUAGCUUGACUUUCACGCAGGGCUACGGACACUUACUUACAUUGUAGCAUGUUUCAACUAAUACCACCAAGUAAUCUAAGAGUUCUUAAUUCUUUAAACGGUGCUACAUAACCCCGAGUCGUCGUAGUGUUUAUGUUCAUGUUUAGGAGCAAUAUGGGGGUAAAAAAAACUGACUUCAACCUUCAGUCUGGGAGGUCUGUCCUUAACUGAGCGGCAGCCGACGAGUUAACUUUAUAACACGUAUUAGUUUUCUGUGAAAACAUGUCUUUUUUUUUUUUUUCUGGAAUUAAUUUAUGAGAUUUUGACUUUAUUUUUUUACAAGAGAAGCAAACAAAGCAAGUCAGUGUGAAUGUUUGUGCAGUCUAUAUAUAUUGAUGGAAAUAAAAUGUUAGCGAUAUUUCAAUUGAAA